UGCAAUUUGUUUAUACAGAACAACUACUGAGUCCAAAGCUCAGCCAACCAAAAUUCCAGAUCAUGCACUUGGUCAUCCUUGCAAACAGUACUAAAUGUCUUGAUACAAACAUGUACAUGUCUGACCAUACAUCAACUCCACUCUUUGAAGUGCUGUCCAGCCAUACAUAAACUCAUCGAAGCCCCUAUUCCACACAGACAACCAUCCAACUUUCUCCACGCUGCCAUUUCUUACCUCUUAAGCCCCUUAAGAUCUCUAACCAGCGAAAAUGCUGCCUAGCAUCCUUUCGUUCCUGCUUUCCUCCUUUAUUCUCUUCAACACCGAAAAUCUCGUUGCCGUGGCUCUCACUUCGCCACAAGACAUCUCAGCUCUCAAAGCCUUCAAAGCCUCGGUCAAGCCAAGUUCAAUCCAGCCAUGGUCUUGCCUUGCUUCAUGGGACUUCACCACCGACCCCUGUGCCUUCCCUCGUCGGACCCACUUCAUUUGUGGCAUCACCUGCUCCCCUGACUCAACUCGAGUCACCCAGCUCACUCUUGAUCCAGCUGGCUACUCAGGCCAGCUCACCCCGCUCAUCUCCCUACUCACUAGCCUCACCAUCCUCGACCUCGUAGACAACAACUUCUAUGGCCCUAUCCCCUCCUCCAUCUCCUCGCUUAUCAACCUCCAAACCUUGACCCUGAGUUCCAACUCGUUCUCUGGCGCAGUCCCUAACUCAAUCACCAACCUUAAAUCCCUCGAAUCUUUAGACUUUUCACAUAAUUAUUUAUCUGGGUACCUCCCAAAAACCAUGAAUUCAAUGUCAAGCUUAAGAAGACUUGAUCUUAGCUACAAUAAACUAACUGGGCCCUUACCAAAACUACCUUAUAACUUACUAGAACUGGCUUUGAAGGCCAAUUCCUUGUCUGGCUCGUUAUCAAAAUCAUCUUUUGACAGGUUAACUGGGUUAGAAGUUGUUGAACUCAGUGAAAACUCGUUCACUGGCACAUUAGAACCCUGGUUCUUUCUCUUACCUGCACUUCAACAGGUUGAUUUAGCCAAUAACAGCUUGACACGUGUCGGGAUAUCAAAGCCUAGUAAUGCUAACAGUGACCUCGUUGCUGUUGAUCUUGGGUUCAAUAAAAUCGAGGGGAAUGCCCCCUUGCAUUUUGCUGAUUAUCCACUGCUGUCUUCUUUGUCACUAAGGUACAACCGGUUACGCGGCACGAUCCCAUUGGAGUAUAGUCGAAAGAAGAGUUUGAGAAGGCUGUUUCUCGAUGGGAAUUUCUUGAUUGGGAAGCCACCACCAGCUUUUUUCGCCGCCGACACGUCUGUUUCCGGUAGCCUAGGGGAUAAUUGUCUGCAAGCAUGCCCAGGUUCGUUUCAGCUGUGCAUGCCUACACAGAAGCCAAGUUCCGUAUGCAAGCAAGCCUAUGGUGGAAAACCAAGGUCUUAAUUUGUCAGAAUGUUAUAUAGAUAUUUUUAUUUUUUUAUUAAUUACACGAAAUAACACUAAUGUGUAUUGAGAGUUUUUAAAUACUGAAUGGUCACUUUUGGAAAUGAAAGGAUAAACGAGCCUCACCUGGCCCUGGAUUGUUUUC